AUGGCGGACGAGGAGGGCGAAGCUCGGCCGGGGGCGCGGAACGGAGCCGGGGAGGGACCCCCAGGCGGACCCCGAGUCGUUCGCAUCGUCAAGUCCGAAUCCGGUUACGGCUUUAAUGUCCGCGGGCAAGUCAGCGAAGGCGGGCAGCUACGCAGCAUCAACGGCGAGCUGUACGCGCCCCUGCAGCACGUCAGCGCCGUGCUGGGCGGAGGGGCCGCCGACCGCGCCGGGGUGCGCAAGGGAGACCGCAUCCUGGAGGUGAACGGGGUGAACGUGGAAGGAGCCACCCACAAGCAGGUGGUGGAUCUGAUCCGCGCCGGCGAGAAGGAGCUGGUGCUCACGGUGCUGUCGGUGCCGCCGCACGAGGCCGAGAGCCUGGAGCCCCCCGAGGACCCCCUGGGCCCCCCGUUCUACGACUACAGCGAGAAGCAGGCGGUGCCCAUCUCCAUCCCCACCUACAAACACGUGGAGCAGAGCGGGGAGAAGUUCGUGGUGUACAACGUUUACAUGGCCGGGCGCCAGCUCUGCUCCAAGCGUUACCGGGAAUUCGCCAUCCUGCACCAGAACCUGAAACGGGAAUUCGCCAACUUCACCUUCCCGCGCCUGCCCGGCAAGUGGCCGUUCUCCCUGUCGGAGCAGCAGCUGGAUGCUCGCAGGAGGGGCCUGGAGGAGUACCUGGAGAAGGUUUGCUCCAUCCGGGUCAUCGGCGAGAGCGACAUCAUGCAGGAAUUCCUGUCCGAGUCGGACGAGAAUUACAACGGUGUCUCUGACGUGGAGCUGCGCGUGGCGCUCCCGGACGUCUCCACGGUGACAGUGAGGGUGAAGAAGAACAGCACCACGGACCAGGUGUACCAGGCGGUGGCUGCCAAGGUGGGCAUGGACAGCGUCACCGCCAACUACUUCGCCCUCUUCGAGGUCAUCAACCACUCCUUUGUGCGGAAGCUGGCUCCCAACGAGUUCCCCCACAAGCUCUACGUGCAGAACUACACCUCGGCCGUGCCGGGGACCUGCCUGACGCUGCGCAAGUGGCUCUUCACCACCGAGGAGGAGGCGCUGCUCAACGACAACGACCUGGCCGUGGCCUACUUCUUCCACCAGGCCGUUGAUGACGUCAAGAAAGGCUACAUCAAAGCCGAGGAGAAAUCCUACCAGCUGCAGAAGCUCUGUGAGCAGAGGAAGAUGGUCAUGUACCUGAACAUGCUGCGGACGUGCGAGGGCUACAACGAGAUCACCUUCCCUCACUGCUCGUGCGACUCGCGGCGCAAGGGCCACGUCAUCUCUGCCAUCAGCAUCCGCCACUUCAAACUGCACGCCUGCACCGAGGAGGGACAGCUCGAGAACCAGGUGAUUGCGUUUGAGUGGGAGGAGAUGCAGCGCUGGGACACGGACGAGGAGGGCAUGGCCUUCUGCUUCGAGUACGCUCGCGCCGAGAAGAAACCGCGCUGGGUCAAGAUCUUCACCCCCUACUUCAAUUACAUGCACGAGUGCUUCGAGCGAGUGUUCUGCGAGCUCAAGUGGAGGAAGGAGGUGAGAAUUCCCAACUUUUCCCUUUCCCAGCUGGUUUCCAGUGGGAAUUGGUUCUCCUGCUCCAUAAAUUCGGCUCUCACAAAGAACCUUUUCCAGCUGGUCAGGUCACAGCAAAGGGACGCGGCCACUUAACCCCAGCAGCUUUUCCAGAAAUCCCAAAAAUUCCUUUAUUGUAUUAAAGCCCACCCCCAAAACUAAAUCUCAUUAAUUCCAAAUCCAUUCGUGCCCAUCAUCUUUAUGGAAUUCCAGAGGGGGGAAAAAAAUCCCCAAAAAACUCCAAAAACCUGGGAAAAGCCACCUGAGGGGGCUCAGAUCCAGCUCCAGGCUGGGAAUUUUGGGAUUUUUAUUUUUUUUUUUUUUCACAACUGGAAUUUUAUUUAAAAAUUGGGUUUUUUUCUACUACAUCAGAUGUGGAAAAAUAAGGAGGGGAAAAAAAAAAAAGAACCAGGAAAAAGCCCUGGGAAUAAUUCCUUUAAAUUCCCACAUGGUGGCAGCAGAUUUUUAUUCUUAAAGGGAUUUUCCACCCUUUUCUCCUGGUCUGGGCUUUAUUUUUUUUUUUUUUUAAUCACCACAGAUUAAAAAAAAAAAAGGAAAAACAUCCAAAAGGAGUAAAAUUCCAAGGAAAUGCCUCUCCUGGCACAAGGAUCCCACUCAUGGAUUGGUAUUCCUGCUUUUUGGGGAAUUUUGGGCUGUUUUCCCAGGGAUUUGGGUGUGCCUUGGGAUGGGAUCUGGGAAAUUCCUGGAUCCUGAGCUGCCCCUGGAGGAAAAAUCACCUGGAAAAAACUAUUUUCCAUAUUUUUGAGUGGGAUUUUUCCAUGGAUCCAGUGGCUGGGCAGCUCCCAGGAGGAAAAAUCACCAGGAAAAGCCAAUUUUCCCUAUUUUUGAGCACUUUUUAUCCAUGACUUGGGUGUCCAAGCAGGAAUAAUAACCUGGGGGGAGGGGAAAAAAAAAAUCCCUCAUUUUGAGCAGGAUUUUUUCCAUAGAUGUGGAGGAAAAGGUGGAAAACUCAUUUUCCCUGGCUUGGAGUGGGAUUUUUUUCCACUGGUCCAGGAUGUUCCCAGGAGGAAAAAUAAGCUGGAAAAUAUUUUGGUUUUCCCUGGUUUGGAGCAGGAAUUUUCCAUGUCUUGGACAAGCAGCUGCCAGAGGGAAAAACCCUCUGGAAAAGGCAUUUUCCCCUGGUUUUGAGUGGGAUUUUUUCCAGUUUUUGGGGAGGAAAAAAAAAAAUCACCUGGAAAAGCCGUUUUUCCCCAUUUUUUGGGGCUGGCCUGGAGCUGGUUCUACCAGGAUUUGGGGUGGAUUUGGGAAUAUUUGGAACCAAACCCAGCAGGAGCAUCCUGGCCUCAUUCCCAACCUCUGGAAUGCACCAGAAUUGCUCCAAAAUGGGAUUUUCCCCAAAAAUUCCCAUUUUGGGAAGGGGCUUUCCCCACUCCUCCCCCUUGGAACUGGG